CGUCCUCGAACUUUAAUAUAAGACACGUCGCGUGUUUUCUAAGGUCGGUCAGGAAAAUGCAAUUCGUUUCAUAAAAUGUUUUAAAACGAUAUAUUCAUGACUAUAUAAGAUAAAUAAAAUUAUAAGGAAUUAAUUUAUUUUAAAAAAUUAUAGUUCUGGAUUCUGGCUAUACUUCUUGUACUUUCAAUUCACCUUUUAUCCAUUAAUAACAUAUUUCCAAUUGUUGUUUGGCGGACUGUUCAUCAUGGUGCAUGAAAUACUAUCGAAAACAGGAUCGUCGAAAUGUAAACGAUGAAGGCGGCCGCGAUAAAAUUUGUUAAUAGUUUAUAAUGACACGUGUCUAAACGGGUCAAUGGCUCAAGUUUGAAAAAAAGAAAAGACCGACAGGUGUCAUAUUACUAUCGUGAAAUUCUUGAUCGCAAAAUGGAAUGACGUUGAAUCUCAUGCAUGACACUUCCGUGAAAUCAGAUACGUGUGUUAUUAUUGAUCAUAAAGAUAAAAAAGAAAUGGACAGGGAUCAUAGGGAACCGCAUGAUCACGAUAAUUUAAAUGAAAACGAGGAGGAACGAAAAGUAGGAAUGGAUUUCCGUAAUUUAUCUCGUCACCAUGGUAUGGAUCAUGUAGCUGAUGUUGAAACAGAGCGGGAUAUGGAAAUUGAUCAAAACGAUCGGGGUGAAAAUUUACAAGACGAUAAACUAGAUCAGAAUGUAGGAAGAAAUUUUCACAGUUUAGCGCAUCAUCCCGCUGUGAGAGACAUGGAAAGGGAUCGAAAUAAUCAUGUAGACAACGUACAUGAUGAUAAAGUUGAUCACAAAAUGGGACGAGAUUUUCGUAAUUUGAGUUCUCACGCAGGCAUUGUUCAUUUACACUCCGGAAUUGAACAUUUAAAUAAUGUUGAUGUAGAGGUAAAAUUAGCAAGAGAUGUCCGUGGUUCUUUAGGUUUGGGACUGUCAUUAGAAUUAUGCGUGGUUUGUGGGGAUAGGGCUAGUGGAAGACAUUAUGGGGCAAUAAGUUGCGAAGGUUGUAAAGGAUUUUUUAAACGUAGCAUUAGAAAACAAUUGGGUUAUCAAUGUAGAGGAAGCAAAAGUUGUGAAGUUACCAAACACCAUAGAAAUCGAUGCCAGUAUUGCAGGCUUCAGAAAUGUCUUGCAAUGGGAAUGAGAAGUGAUUCUGUUCAACAUGAGAGAAAACCAGUGUUAGGCGAAUCAGCAGGAACAAAAGUAGGAAAUAGAAGUCCUAGGGUUAAACCUGAACCACAGCAAUCAGUAUCUGAGACUCCUCCAACUUGGGAACAACCUGAAAGCCCCAGUAUGGAAGACCAAAGCAGUGAUAGUGAUCUUAGUGAUGCAUUAACAUUAGCAAGAGAACGUUUACUUAUUUCGCAUGCAUUAGAUAGUAUGGCUAAACUUAUUGGAGAUAGUGUUAAUGGUUCAAGUGAGCCAGAAGAAGAAUGGACUGGCCAAUUAAUUUCCGAAAGACAUACGUUAUUCGAAUUAAGGGCCCCAAGCCCAGCUCCUGCGUACUUAUCGAUACAUUAUAUUUGCGAGAGUGCCGCUAGAUUACUUUUUUUGUCAGUUCAUUGGGCCCGAGGAAUUCCGGCAUUUCAAGCAUUACCAUCUGAAGUUCAAACAACGUUAGUGCGCACUUCCUGGGGACAGCUUUUUACUUUAGGACUUGCACAAUGUGCAUACACUUUAUCCCUUCCCAGUAUUCUAACAUCAAUAAUAAAUCAUUUACAAGCUAGUAUUGCACAGGAAAAAAUUACAGCUAGUAAAGUGAAGUCUGUCACAGAACAUAUAUGUAGACUACAAGAUUGUGUUAGCUCACUUCAUAAAUUACAAGUGGAUUCCGUUGAAUACGCAUACCUUAAAGCGUUGACUCUUUUCAGUGCCGACAAUGUCUUAGCCGGCGUGUGGCGUAAAAAGGUUGAAGUUUUACAAGAAGCUGCGUGGACAGAAUUACAACAACGCGUAGGAUCCAACAGGUUACCGCGCCUUCUUUUAAGGCUUGCACCACUUCGUUCAAUUAACCCUAGGGUCUUGGAAGAUUUAUUCUUUGCAGGUCUUAUCGGUAGGGUAAGCGUAGCUAGUGUCGUGCCUUAUAUUCUUACUAUGCAAGAUUACAAAGCUGAACCUGAAAGUCAUAUGGGGUGACAAUUACUAAUUGUGCAAUGUAAAUCGUGACCUAAAAAAGUGAUAUCUAUAAAUACAUACAUAUGUUAUAUAUAUAUAUAUAUACACAUAUACGCGUUAGCGCUAAAUGACGAAUAUUUUUAUAUAUUGAGAAAGGAAAAUGUAACGAGGCAAUGUUGAUUUUUAUUUUUCAUAAAAGAAUUAUAAUUCUCUCUCUCUCCCUAUACAUAUAUAUAUAUAUAUAUAUAUAUAUAUAUCCUCUUUUUAAAGUUGUUAAAACUCAGGGUAGAUGUGUUUUAACUUGUUAAUCAGAUGUAAUAUUUAGCUUAAAAUAUUUCAACGUCUAACAUUUUUUUAUUUAUUAUAAAUUGACUACCUGUUGUACAAAACUUUCCGUCUUGCACAAAACGUUGUAUUUGUAAAAAAUGUUAAUAGUAACAUAUUUAUUAUCGAAAAUAUUGUUAUCAUUGCUGUCAAUAUAAACUCAUCCUUUCAUUAAAAUUACAAACAAUGUUAUAAUAUCAUACGUGACUAAUUAUCACUUGAUCAAAAAGCAGAAAGAAGCUUUAAUUUCGAGUUUUUUAAAUAAAAAUAUAUACCUGGAAAGUUUUGUAUUGGCAUGUAUUAUAAAAAUUAUUAUUAAAAAUAUUAUAAACAAUAUUAUUAUACUUAUAAUUUAUUAGCAGUGAAGAAAGAUAGCCCUUUGCUCGAAUUAAUAAUCUCUUACUUCAUCAAUUCUGCAGUUUUUUAUUAUAUGUAUAAUAUUCUAAUUAUUUUUACGUAAAAAUGUUGAAAAAUUGUAAAAAAAUUUCAGAAAAAUUUUUUUUCUGUCACAUAUACAUUAAAAUCUUCACAGAAGUUUAAAACGUUAGCUAAAUUAUUUCUUUAUGAUCACUGCAUUUUUCCGUCCAAAAAAUCACUAAUGUCUUAGUUUUGAUAAAAGAGGAGAUAAUUCAAUAUAACUAUCAGUACAAACAAAUUACAUAUUUCGUUAUAAUUUUAAUGACAUAGUAAUUUUGUUAGAUAUGAGUUGGCGUAUGCACACUUUUUACUUAUUUUUCUAGAAAAUAAUCAUUGCAAAUAUGAUAUAUUUCUAGAUUCUGUUUUAUUGUAGAUUAAGUAAAAAAAGAUGCAUCAUAUUUAAAAUGCCCAUAAAAAAGUAAUACAUUGUGCAAUAAUACUAAUUUGUGCUACAUUCAAGAAAAAAAUAUCAGAUCUAUUUUAUUUUCAACAAAAUAGAAACGGAAUUUUCUUAAAUAUCGAGUUUAUUAUGCAUCAAGUAUUAUUUACUUCAAAAUGGACAAUAAUAGUAUAUUUUUUAUGAAAAACAAAAACACUUAGCAAGUUAAAAGAAAUAAAGAAAUAAAUAUGUAUGCGUUUACUUAAUAAAUUGUACAUUUUAUAUCUUACUGUUAAUUAUUGUAAUUAUAUUCAUAUAAUAGAAUAUAAAUGUAAGCGCAUAUAUUAUUUGUAUGUACUUGAAAAUUAUGAAAUAUUAAAUUAGCACUAGUAAGUUAGGAUAAAAGUAAUGCUAUAUAUUUAAUGUUAUUAAUAACAUUUAGAAUAUGGAUAUUUUUCCGAGUUAUACUGUAACGAAUGUGCGAAUCGUUAAAUAUUUUUAAACUGUUCUCAAUUGUUAAUGUUCAUAAAAAGGUUUUGCUGAUUGAGAUUUCCAUAAACAUUUUUCUGAUUAAUAGGUAUAAGUACCAAGUACAAUAUUUCUAGCAAUGUUUAAUAUUUAGUUAAACAUAAGUAUUUUCUCUAAUUCAAUAAUCCAAAGAUUAAACCACAAUACGUUUUCUUUUCAAGAUAUUCUGUAAAUUAUAUCUGUUGAUUAAAAUCUGAUGUAAUUUGUAGUAACUGUUAACAGUACAUACCGCAUACUUUAAUAAAAGUAAUAACGAAUUUUUCAUGAAACGAUACUGUGGUGCAUUGUACCAAUAACGAUAAUACCGAUAGUAAUUUAAUUUUACAGUAUCAUAAGCGAUAUUGACUGUAAUACAUAGAAAUUGUUAUUCGUAUAUUAUGAAAGAACUUAUUCGUUGCAUCACACGUCACGUACAAUCUUUUAAUGACAAAUUGUAUCAAUGGAAAUUAUCUUGUUGGCGUUCAUAUACUUUGUGUGAUACAAUUUUUAUUUAAUGAAAUACUUAAUGGACAAUAUGAUUAGAAACGAUAAGAUGAAAGAGAAACCUGUAUGUAAAUAUAAAAUGUGCCUGUACGAAAAGAUAUAUUUAUAUUAAAUGUAAUAAUUUUGUAAUUAUCUAAGUGAUAAAAAUGCAAGAGACCUGAAGAUUGUUGCCCCCUUCAGUUUUAUUACAUCGAAAAAUUAUGUAUAUACAUGCAUACAUGUCUAAUUGUAGUGUAACAUAAAAUAAACCUAUAAUAAUAAUAAUUGAAAAAAAAAUUAUUAGCUUGUAAA